UGUCUCCAUAGGGGAGAUUUCUCUUCACUUCCUGUCCCAAAACAGGAAGUGAGAGGAAAUCCCUCAAAAGUGAGCUGUCACCAGAACCAGUGUCCCCAUCGGUUGAUUCCCCUCUAUUCCUCUUCUGGUGACAACCCGACAUUUGGGGUUUUCUUUUACUUUUGCCAGGGGCGGACUGACAACUCAUGGGGCCCCGGGCAAUAGGGGAUCAUGGGGCCCCUGUGUCCUUGCCCAAACUCAAAAAAGUCUAUGAAAAAGGUACCAGGGGCAUCUCAUGGGGCCCCCUACUGACCCGGGGCCCUCGGGCAGUGCCCGAGUUUCCAAAUGGUCAGUCCGCCCCUGUUCCUAGCUGU